CUGCGCUUCACUAACGGUCGUGUACUUCUCAACUCUGGAGCAAAGCCAGCGAAGUUUGGUUGAAGAACAAAAGACCUGAGUAAAGCCACGAUGUUUCACAUAGUUGUUUUUGACAAAACCAAUGAGGUAGAAGUUGUGCCUUCCAUCUGGAUAAAAAAUGGAGAGUGCAUGUGGCCUCCAAAUAAAACUGAUAUAGCAAAAGCUGUAAAAUUGCAAGAAUGUCGUGGAGAUGAAUGGAAGCCCCAUAAGAUGACUACAAUGAAGCUAGACGAAAACUUCCUCAAGCUGUUGAUCACACUGACAUUGGAAGAUGAUGAUGAGAUGGAAAGCACUGUGAAAGAAAAAAAGUCAAAAAAAGGAAAGUAUUCAUUGCCCAAUGCUCCAAAAAUCGUCAGGCAGCACAAAAGUCCUGCAUUAGAACCAGUAAAGCAAAACAGCCCCAAGGUUCACCAAAGAGGCCAUGGCGCUCCUGACUGUCACUAUGAUGACAUGGAAGACACCCUGGAAGGAACAGUGUCAAGAAAAAGAAAGUAUUCAUUGCCCAGUGCUCCAAAGAUCGCAAGGCAGCACAAAAGUCCUGCAUUAGACCCAGGAAAGCAAAACAGCCCCAAAAUCCACCCAAAAGACCACAGCACUGCUGACGUCCACCGAAAAGACCACAGCACUCCUCGGGUCCACCCAAAAGGCCACAGCGCUGCUGACCUCCUCCCAAAAGACCACAGCACUCCUGACCUCCAUCGAAGAGGCCACAGCAGUCCUGAGCUUUACCCAAGUGACGACAGCACUCCUGAGCUCUACCCAAGAGGCCAUAGCAGUCCUGACCUCUACCCAAAAGGCCACAGCACUCCUGACCUCUACCCAAGAGGCCAUAGCAGUCCUGAGCUCAACCCAAGAGGCCACAGCACUCCUGACCUCUACCCAAGAGGCCAUAGCAGUCCUGAGCUCAACCCAAGAGGCCAUAGCAGUCCUGACCUCUACCCAAAAGGUCACAGCACUCCUGACCUCUACCCAAGAGGCCAUAGCAGUCCUGAGCUCAACCCAAGAGACCAUAGCAGGCACAUCAUCACUGAGCGCUGUACAUCGAGGCACGUCAGCCCUGAGAUACGUCCAUUAAGGCAUGCCAGCAGUGAGAUCCACACAUCAAGCAACACCAGCACUGAGAUAGGUAGACCAAGUCAUGCCAGCAGUGAAAUUCGUAGAUCAAGCCAUGCCAGCUCUGAGAUCCGUAGACCAAGCCACGCUGCACCUUCUCUAGUCCCAUCAAAGCAUACUGAGCCACACCAGACCAGGGAGCAGACAUCUAAUUUGCAAACAUCCCUCCUGCGUAAUAUAUUAACAAAACAGGAAAUGAUGAUAGACCAACUGCGAAUCAUCUUCAAGACCCUACAGAGUAUGAAAUCGGCUGAUGAGUCAGAGACAGACCUGGAUCGAAAUUUGUUGUCACUUAAAGAUGUCAGUUCCCUUCAGGACAUGGAGGAACAACUGCAUAGUAAUCCUGACCUCCGGAAACAGUUGGUAAACACACUGGCUCUCAAAGGUGGGGUGGACGUCCACGAGUGCAUUUGGAGGAUUAUGCAGGGACUGAUUACUAACUCUUUGGCCCAAAAAAUCAACAUGAGAGGAAUAAAUGGAAAAAUUGGUUUCCAGCGCUUACGUUUACGGGAUGUUGUGAUUGCGGCUGUGAGGCGUAACCGACUGACGUCUGCGGCCACAGAAAAGGACAUUGAUUCCACUAUCAAAAGAUGGCUAUAUCUGGCCCCGGAUAGGGAUGGUGGCAGGAGAGAGAGGAUGAAGAGAAAAGAGCGUCAGGGGAGUACAACAGGUUAACGGACUUGCGACUUGUUUGGAUGUUCAAGAGUUGGUCAGUGCUGCUUGUUCAUGAACUGAAUCAGAUGUUGAAGAGUUGUGUGCACA